AAACGUGCUACAGACGCGACUUCUCGUAAGACAGAUGAAGAACAUGAACCUCAUUUUGGUUUUCGUAUUGUUCAAUGCUUUCCAUCGAAAAACAACUUUCCAUGACCCCUCCCUGUUGUCAAAUAAAUUCGUCCCCGCGUCCUGAUUGAUUCAUCUGCUUUUUUUCUUAAUUAAAGGCCUCGCUACUUUCAUGGGGGAAAGUCGAGGGACGGGAAGAAGCAGAAGGCUGAAGAAGUAAGUACAGGCGGUGCACUCGAUAACUAGAGCUCAGCCUAGAGGACUAGUUUCAGUAGCAGAAUUAUAGUUUAACUGUGUAACAAAAGUAAAAUCAGAUUUAUUAUAUAGGGAAAAUCUUAUACCGGAACCGGUUGCAUCCUCUUGCGGCAUUUUCAUUUUCGAAAGACAAAAACAAAAACGAGCCCGUUUUGUGAGUAAGUUGUGGUAUUUGUGAUACAAAAGUAUCCUGGUACUUCAUCUCUACUCCGCUCCCUUGUCUUGACAUUCCUCGGCACUGUCCGUUGCAAGUUGUAUAUCAAACACGUAUAACACGACCAUACAAGAAAUUUUGCUUCGCACUUGAAGUUGAACUACCUUUGUACAACUUGACGUUUGAGUUUUGACGUUUGGUUUCUUUUGUUUCCAUUGCGCACGCACUCGUCCUGAAAAAAAGUAAGUAGGAAACCGACGUGGGACCACACGGAUAACCAUCGGCCAACAUGAUGGAGUUGCACUUCGCGAAUGCGCCCAUCAGCUGGGGCAUAAAUGAGUUUGGCAUCGAGAGCGGCAUGAAGCCCGAACAAAUGCUGGAUGAGCUGAAGUUGGCAGGCUACACCGGCACCGAGCUCGGCGACUACGGUUUCUUUCCAACGCAGCCGGGGCAGCUCGACGAGAUGCUAAGGUAUGAAUUUGAUGUACGCGGCAUGAAUUUAGAAAUUUGAAAUAUUCUUGCAUCCAUACUUGAAAAUGCGCAUAAGAAUGCAGAAGAUCUUCCACUUCACCAUUUACUUCGAGUUCAAUCGUUUUGUUUUCGCAUUCGAAAAAAUGCAGGGUACGUGGGUUGGACAUGAUCGGGGCGUUUUGCACGUAUGCGUUGUGGGACACCUCCAAGCACGAGGAAGGUCGCGCCUACGCUCGCAAGAUCGCGGCACAGCUGCAGCCGUUCGCCAAGCAAAAGUACCCGCCGCACAUUGUGCUCGCGGACAACGUUAGUGACCCGACCAGAAUAAGGCACACAAGCCGGAUCACGAAGAAGAUGUCGCUCUCCAAGCCGUACUGGGAAACGCUCGUGCAGGAGGUCGCCUACCUGAAAAACAUGAUUGAGUCCGAAUACGGCAUCAAGGUGCACUUUCACCCCCACUGUGGCAGUUUCAUCGAGACGCCGUGGGAAAUCGAGGCGCUGGUGCGAGACGUGCCGGGGCUGAAGCUCAUCUACGACACGGCACACGUAACCAUGGGGGCUGGAAACCCGCUGGCCUGUGUGGAGUUUCUCAAAAGACAUCCAGACAAGGUAUAUUUUUGAUGGAUUUCAGGUCCUUUGAGUUUGAAAAGUCUACGUGCAUGAUGCACAUUUUUUUUCUUCUAGACGACUAGCUUGCGCGCCAGUCGUAUGGAUUUUAAGAUCUGCAGCGAAGUAUUACUUCGCUCACAAAAUAAACACAACAGAUCCACAGCUUCCACUUCAAGGAUUACGACGGGAAUGCAACCGGCAAAGACUACUUUGAGCUUGUGAACAACGGCUGCUUCCCGGAACUCGGUCGAGGCAUGGUCGAUUUCGAAGGUGUCAAGAAGUGGCAACGCGACAACGACUUCAAGGGCUGGAUCGUUGUGGAACAGGAUCUUCUCGGCGACGCGAAAUCGAACCCACUGCAGUCCGCAGCGAACAACAUGUCUAUCAAAUGCAAAAAUGUCUGGGUCUGGAAGAUUGCCAGGUUUGUCAUGCACAUUUUGCAUGACUCCUGA